ACCCUGAGAUCGAGGCAGAUGCUUAACCACUGAGCCAUCAGGGUGGGUUUCUGAACCUGAGGAGCUUGCGUACUUUCUCCAGUGAGGCUGAACAUGACCUCUGGCAGGUGCUUUUACUUCCUGGGCCUCCGUUUCCUCUUUGGAAGUGGAAGAUGUCAGUGUUCCCCACCUGUGUGUGUUGUGAGGCUGUUGUGAGCCCCGUGACAGGCUGACUAGCGGACACCAGGAGGUGCUUCCCUUCGUGGCCUGUCUCUGUCCCAUGGACAGGGUGGCUCCCUAUCCUCGUGUUCCUGUCUCCAUCAGGGGCUGAUCCAAAAGAGAUGCCCCUGUGUCCAGGGCUUUCAGUGCUGCUGGCUAAUCUUGGGCCCAGGGAUUGGGGAACAGAUGCUCAGGGCUCCUGUUAGGGCCAGCUGGGGCCUGUACUGAAUAUGGCCCAGGCCCAGCCCAAACCUAGUCAGUGCGGUGGUGGGGGGUUUCAGCUCUGUGCAGAGCUCUGAGCCUCAGUAGAGCUCUGGGCAGGAGAGCCCUUGGAGGCACUCGGAGGACGCCCUGCUUUUUGCUCUGAUGUUCGCAGUGGGGUUGCGAGGCACUUGCUGUCUUCCUCACCCUCCUCCCCCACCGGAUCCUCUCCAGCCCAGCCGGCACAGCUGCCCUGGCCGGGUCAGGCCAGUCCCCUGGCCGCCAAGCAACGGAGGAAGGAAUGUGUGUGGUGAGGGGAGGUGGAAUGGACCCCUUUAGGAAAAGGGACUGUCCCUAGACUGAGACCCGGGCAGGGUGGAGCCUCCUAGAAGCCAGGGGCCUCAGCCCCACUGGGGGAGCUGAUACCACAGCCUGAGAAGUUACCUAGGAAGGGUGGAGGGCAAGGGAAGGGGGGGGAGAUGAAAGGAAGGGCCUGUUUGUGCCCUCUUUGGCCAGCUCCACAGCUGUUUCUAAUUGCUCAGGUCACACGUGGAGAGAAGCCCCUCACCCCCCUAACACACUCUCUGCAUCUAGCCUGGGGACUGGGUAGAACCACUGGGUCUUCUUGCUAGUGUAGUACUAGAGCGUUUGUGUGUGGUGUGUGUGUGUGUGUGUGUGUGUCCCAGAGGGUGCUCAGCGCCGUGAGGGUGACCUUGUCCGUGACUGUGUGCUGUUGGAUGUGACCAUCCGUUCUCUGUCCUCUAACAUAGGAGCUAUUGCGCUGCUCACUGACUGGACUGCGGUAUGGAGGAGGGAGGUAAAUGUGUUCUGGUGGCCCGGGGCUGCCUCCAGAUCAGGGGCUCCCUUCUGGGACCUGAGACCCUUUGUGGGGAAGAGAGGGUGCCCGUUACCUCUCCCUGAGACAGGAACUCAGGAUCUCCCCCAGGGGAAGGUGAGGUGGUGUGUGUUUUGGGGAGAGGUGGGCGUAUUUGAGCCCUUUCACGUCUGUCAUCUCUGUAAUGGAAACCCAAAUGGAAGACAGUGCGGGCAGUCUCGCCCACUUCCGAGAUGGGGCAACUGAGGCAUGGCAGAAGGAGAAGCAAUCGUGGCCGGGUGCUGGUAGACAGACAGUGUGAGGACAGGGCUGGAGGCCGCGUUCUUGGCUGUCCACCACCCUGAGACACAGUGACAAGAGCUAAGCGUGCUCAGACACAGUGGGUGUCACUGGGUAUGCCUGUCAUGGUAAGGAGGUGUCAGAUUGGGAGGCGGGAUGCUCCAACUCUAACGCUUUGGGCUGUGGGUGCCGUCCUCAGCCCCCAUUAAACAUUCAACAACCAUCCUGCUGAAAUCACAGGCGUCUCACUCCCAGCAGCUCUGUGAGUCACUUCAUCUUUGGGAGCCCCAGUGCCCUUGCCUUAAAAGAGGGAUGACAGCUCUGUCAUUGGGACUCACUGAGACCCUACACAGGGCUGUGUCGCUGGAGGUGGCCAGCACCUGUGAUUCCUUGACUGGAUGAGUCCACCGACCCUGCGUGCCCUGUGACCUCCCCAGAGGCUAUUAGCUGGCCACAGGGUGGGGGUAGGGAGCAGGGCCAUGCCCCCCUCCCUCUCACUCACAGAGAGCUUUGUCUUCUAUGAACACAAAACCUGGAAACGGUUGAGGAAGAUGGAACCUCCUAACGGCCAUUGUUUGAGAAGCCGCUGCAUGUGCCCUGUUGAAACUUCAUGGCCACAGCGCCAGGCCCUGCCGCCAUUGCCAUGGGCAGCGUGGGCAGCCUGUUGGAACGGCAGGACUUCUCCCCCGAAGAGCUACGGGCAGCACUCACCGGGUCCCGGACGUCCCGCCAGCCUGAUGGGCUCCUCCGGAAGGGCUUGGGCCAGCGUGAGCUCUUCAGCUACCUGCACCUCCCCAAGAAGGACGGCAAGAGCACCAAGAGAGCCCCUCGGAACGAGCCUACUGACUACACCACUCUCUACUACCGAGAACAUCCUCGGGCCGGCGACUUCAGCAAGACUUCACUGCCCGAGCGGGGUCGCUUCGACAAGUGCCGCAUCCGCCCAUCGGUGUUCAAGCCCGUGGCGGGCGCCGGGAAGGGCUUCCUAUCCAUGCAGAGCCUCGCGGCCCACAAGGGCCAGAAGAUGUGGCGCAGCAAUGGCAGCCUGCACACGCUGGCCUGCCACCCCCCCCUGAGCCCAGGGCCCCGGGCCAGCCAGGCCCAGGCCCGUGCCCAGCUGCUACACGCCCUCAGCCUGGACGAGGGCGGCCCCGAGCCUGAGCCCAGCCUGUCUGACUCCUCCAGCGGGGGCAGCUUUGGCCACAGUCCUGGCACUGGCCCUGGCCCCUUCAGCUCCUCAUUGGGCCACAUUAACCACCUGGGGGGCUCCCUGGACCGGGCCUCACGGGUCCCCAAGGAGGCUGGGCCACUGGCUAUGCUGAGCUGCCUGCCUGAGCCGCCACCGCCUUAUGAGUUCUCCUGCCCCACCCGGGAGGAGGUGGUAUCUGUCCUGCCCGACACCUGUGAGGAUCUCAAGAGGGGCCUUGGUGAUGAGGACGGCGCCAGCCCCUUCACACAGGUGCUGGAGGAGCGCCAGCGGCUGUGGCUGGCAGAGCUGAAGCGCCUGUACAUAGAGCGGCUACACGAGGUAGCUCAGAAGGCAGAGCGCAGUGAGCGCAACCUCCAGCUCCAGCUCUUCAUGGCCCAGCAGGAGCAGCGGCGGCUGCGCAAAGAGCUCCGGGCGCAGCAGGGCCUAGGCCCGGAGCCACGGCCCCCCAGCGCCCUUCCGGAGGCCGACCCUGGCGCCCGACCGGAGGAGGAGGCCCGAUGGGAGGUGUGCCAGAAGACCGCGGAGAUCAGCCUCCUGAAGCAGCAGCUGCGGGAGGCGCAGGCCGAGCUGGCACAGAAGCUGGCCGAGAUCUUCAGCCUGAAGACGCAGCUACGGGGCAGCCGGGCGCAGGCGCAGGCGCAGGACGCGGAGCUGGCCCAGCUGCGGGAGGCGGUGCGGAGCUUGCGGGAGCAGGGCCCACGGGAGGAGGCCCCGGGCAGCUGUGAGACGGACGACUGCAAAAGCCGGGGGCUGCUGGCCGAGGCUGGCGGCAGCGAGGGCGGAGGGGCCGGAGGGGGCGCCGAGCAGCUGCGGGCCCAGCUGGUGCAGGAGCGACUGCGCGCCCAGGAGCAGGCGCUGUGCUUCGAGCGGGAGCGGCGGACGUGGCAAGAGGAGAAGGAGCGGGUGCUACGCUACCAGCGGGAGAUCCAGGGAGGCUACCUGGACAUGUACCGCCGCAACCAGGCGUUGGAACAGGAGCUGCGGGCGCUGCGGGAGCCGCCGGCGCCCUGGAGUCCCCGGCUGGAGUCCUCCAAGAUCUGAGGCCAGUGGAUGAGCGGGCGGCAGAAGCACCUCCAGAAAAUGGUUUGGACAAGCCUGCCCUGAGACGGCUGGCUCCUUCAUUAUACUGGCCGGAGGCAGAAGCUGCUGAGGCUGGCCAGGGGUGGGGAGGCCCACCGAGAGGAGGGCUCCAGUGGUGCUGUAGGCCGGAUAGGGGGCCUGCAGCAGGAGCCAGGGGGCAAGGCUUCCCAGCAGAGGAGCACCUCGGCAGGGCCCCCGCCCUGUUCCUGGAGUAGAUGUGGCCCAGAGGAGGAGGUUGGGAAAUGAAGAGCCCCAUGAUGCAGAAGGGCAGGCGUGAAGGAGGGAGGCUGGGAUGGGAACAUUGGCCUCCCCCAGAAUAAAACCACAUUUUUUACAA